GUGCAUGUGUCCAAACAUUUGAUGUAACGUUUUUGGUCAAAAAAAUUUUUUGAAUCUAAACACAGCCGUAGUCGUAAAUAUCGAGUUUUAUAGGGUCUAAGCUGAAACAUACAACCCUUCUCUUCCCCAAAUCAUCUGGAAUCCAACGCCUGACCUCGCCGCGCGGCGGCAUGGCGCCGCCGGAGUUGACGGAUGACGUCGUGGAGGAGAUCCUGCUCCGCCUCCCGCCGGACGAUCCCUCGUGCUCCGCCCGCGCCUCCGCCGUCUGCAAGCCCUGGCGCCGUCUCCUCUCCGACCCCGUCUUCCUCCGCCGCCACCGCGCGUUCCACCGCCGACGAGCACCUCCGUUGCUGGGCUUCAUCCACCACGUCUCCGACGAACCCGCCCGCCGCGUCCCCAGCUUCGCGCAGUUCGUCCCGACCACCGCGUUCCGCCCCGCCGAACUGGAGCACAAGAAUUGUUGGCCACUCGACUGCCGCCACGGCCGCGCCCUCUUCCAGUCCAGCAACGUCGAGCUCACCAUCUGGGACCCCAUGACCGGCGACGUGCGGCGGCAGCGCGAGCCCUACGGCACCCUCUGCACGUUCGCCACCGCCGCCGUGCUCUGCGCCGUGCCCGGCUGCGACCACCACGACUGCCACGGAGGCCCCUUCGUCUUGGUCUUCGUCGGCAACGACGAGGACGACGACGGGGAGGAGAUCGCGUCGGCAUCCUCUUACUCGUCCGAGACCGGGACAUGGACCGCCGCUUCCACCGUCCACCAUGACGAUUCCCUCGAACUCGAAAGCAAGCCCAGCGUCCUCGCCGGAGACGCGGUCCACUUCCUCACCUACUUCGGCAAAGCCAUCCUGCGCUACGACCUCACCAAGCUGGAACUCUCGGUGAUCCUCCCGCCGGUGGCGUACGGGGACGGCGACGCUCUCCUCAUGACGGCGGAGGACGGCGAGCUGGGGCUCGCCCUCUUCGACGGCGAGGCCUCCAUCCACCUCUGGGCGAGGGUGGCGGGUGCAGGGUGGGUGCGGCGCAAUGUGAUCGACCUCUACGCUGUUCUCCCCUUCUUUGAUCCUGUACACUCGCUGUCCCUGGUUGGCUUCGCGGAGGGCACCGACAUCAUCUUCCUCCACACCAUUCAUGGCGACUACAGGAUGGAGCUCAAGUCACUGCAGAUCAGCAAGCUGUGGGAGAAGGACAGAUGCUUCAAUAUCUUCCCCUACAUGAGCUUCUUCGUUCCAGGUCGUGAUAGAAACAAAUUGCCAUCUCCAACAAUUAUAGCAUCAAUUUAGCAAACAAAAUGGGUCCAAAUUAUGCUAAUACGUCAGAUCGAGCCUCUAGCUGUUGGCCUCUUGGUUGAUUACUUGAAGCUAGUGAUGUGCAAAACUGUUGACUGAAGCUGAUGCAUCCCUUCUUUGCUGCUUGGUUAGUAGUCAUAAGAAAUUUGAUAGGUUGAGAGGAUUCUUCAGAAAUUUCUUUUGGUGUUGCUGUGAGUGCUUUAUUACACUGCUAAAUGAAGAGACGAUUUCUUAUU